AUGGGGUAUGUGGAUGGCGAGUUUCCAUGUCCACCACCCAUGAUUGAUGCUACUCCGGUAACGGGCGAAUCCAUGACAUCCACCUCCACUCCGGUUCCUAAUCCAGCUUAUAAAGCCUGGAUCAAACAGGACCAGACGUUGCUGUCUCUUCUCAUCUCUUCCCUCUCGGAUGAGGUGAUGCAUCUUGCGGUUGGCAAAUCCACCUCUAAAGAUGUUUGGGAAUCCAUUAGCGCAGGACUCGGCAGUUCAACCCGUGCACGAACUCUUGGUCUACUCAGCCAGUUUCAUGGUCUGCGACAAGGAGGCAGCAGCACAUCCGAUUACCUUGGGCGUGCGCAAUUGUUGGUGGAGGAUCUCGCGCAGGCUGGCAGACCAAUCUCACUCGACGAACAGAAUAUGUUCGUCUUCCGGGGGUUGCGCCCGGAAUACCAGGCGAUGGCUUCUUCAUUGACAGCAGCCGGGAACGCGGUCACCAUUCCACAAAUUGCGGACUUCCUUCGCGCUCAGGAGUUUAUUCAUGCGGAUGACUACCCGGCGUCUGGUGAUCAUGCAACUCCAACAGCGUUCUAUGCUGGCAAAGGUGGUAACGGAGGCCGUAACGGAGGCCGGCAUGGUUCUGGCAGUCACAAUUCCGGACGCGGUUUUGGCAAUGGCGGACGCGGCAGAGGAGGCUCCGGUGGUCGCGGGCGUAACGGCAGGGGUGGCGUGCCUCGUUGCCAAAUAUGUAGGGCUCAAGGUCACACGGCUGCUUUCUGCUAUAAGCGUUACGCUCCGCAGCAGUCUCCGCAAGCAAACAUGGUGGUUCCGGGCGAAGAAGAUGCGGCUGCCCAGUCGGCUUCCGGGUGGUUUCCUGAUACGGGCGCUACUGCUCAUGCCACGCCGGACCCGUCUAUGCUGACCCAGUCUGAUGAAUACACUGGUGGUGAUGUUCUGCGUGUUGGGAACGGCGCAGGUUUGGCGAUCUCACGAGUUGGCCAUGUUUUUAUACCAUCUGUGUCUAAACCACUAAGUUUAACAAAUGUCCUAUAUGUUCCUAAUCUUUCGGUCCCAUUACUAUCUGUUUAUCGUUUAACAAAUGAUAAUCGUGUUUUUGUUGAGUUUCAUAAAAAUUGUUUCAUUGUGAAGGAUUCGGUCACUCGGGCAGUUCUGCUUAAAGGGUCCACAGAGGGCGGUCUAUACAAGCUUCCUAUUUCCCAGUCGCAUUUUGCUUUUCUCACAUCCCGUGCUAUACCGAUGAUUAUUCUCGCUUUUGUUGGUUUUAUCCCUUACGGGUAA